AUGUCUUCGCACAACGAGUCUCACUCGGGCCCUGGUGGUUCGGAAGCCAUCAACACCGAGAUCAUUACUCUUACCAGAUUCCUCACCGAGGAGCAGACAAAACACAAGGAAGCCACCGGUGACUUCACUCUCCUCUGCCACUCGCUGCAAUUCGCCUUCAAGUCAAUUGCCUACUACAUCCGCCGUGCCUCGCUGAUCAACCUCUCGGGCCUUGCUGGCUCGGCAAACUCGACCGGCGACGACCAGAAGAAGCUCGAUGUUAUCGGCAACGACAUCUUCAUUUCCGCCAUGAGAUCGUCAGGUCGCGUGCGCAUCCUGGUGUCCGAGGAAGAGGACGACCCAAUCAUUUUCAACGAACACCCCAACGCCCGCUACGCUGUCGCCUGCGACCCUAUCGAUGGCUCUUCCAACUUGGACGCCGGUGUCUCGGUCGGAACCAUCUUUGGUAUUUACAAGCUCGCCGAGGGUGCCCAGGGCACCAAAGAGGACCUCCUCCGUCCCGGUACCGACAUGGUCGCUGCUGGCUUCACAAUGUACGGUGCCUCUUCAGAACUCGUUCUGACCAUGAAGGACGGCCCCGUCAACGGUUUCACCAUGGACGCGGCCCUCGGUGAAUUCAUUCUCACCCACCCCAACAUGCAGAUGCCCAAGAAGCGUUCCAUCUACUCGGUCAACGAGGGUAACUCUUUGUGGUGGGCCGACCCCGUCAAGGAGUGGUGCAACUCGAUGAAGGUGCCCGAGAAGGAGGGCGGCAAGCCUUACAGUGCGAGAUAUAUCGGUAGCAUGGUUGCCGAUGCCUACAGAACUCUUCUGUACGGUGGUAUCUUUGCCUACCCUGCUGACAAGAAGUCGCCCAAGGGCAAGCUGCGCAUUCUGUACGAGUGUGCUCCCAUGGCCAUGGUCUUUGAACAAGCCGGUGGCCAAGCAGUCAACAGCAGGAUGGACCGUAUGAUCGAGGUCGUCCCCGAGUCAAUCCACGACAAGUCUGGAAUCUUCAUGGGCUCGUACGACGAGGUGCAAAAGGUCAUUGAUAUCCACAACAAGCACAAGCAAUAA